AUGCCUCGUCCGUCUAGGAAGCAGCGUGCAAGUAUAGCGAACUCUCAGAAACGAAGGAAAAAAGUUUCUCUCUCGAAAUCCGUGGAGUUUCGUGUGGAUACGAUAGAAAACAAGGAAGUAACCGAUACGGCUCAGUCUAAAUUCGAGAAGCUAGAGAACGGAGAAGACUUGCGUUACGACCAUGCAGCAGCGACAUCUCCUUCAACAAGUCUUCGAAAAUCGAAAAAUUUGCCCGCUUACGAUUCGAAUUUUCCUUAUUCGAACUACCUGAAAGUUCAAAAUACUUCUAUUCCUAGGACCCACAAUGACUUCCUCCGUAAACAAGCUGACAGAGUCUACUAUUACGAAUCUUCAGAAUCGGCAACUUUGAAAGAAUUGCACAAUUCCUUCUUAGCUCUUAAAAAGAAUGUGCAAGAGCUGGUGAAGCUCCUUGGCGUGUUGAAAAUGGAGUCUUUUUCUGCGAAUUCCGAACUCGAGAAAAAGCUCGAGCGCGUCCAUGGAGAGAAAGAAGUUCUGCUCAAACGAUUGCGAAUGAGGAUGACGACUAUGCUGAUUGAUGAGGAGAACGAACGACUGAAAAAAGAGGUGCAGUUUCAAUUUUAGUUGUAUGUAUUGUGUUCACAUGUACUUUGAAAAUGCAUUCAUAUUUGAAAAAUCUUUCUAGAAAAUUAGGAGAAAGGCUCAACCAGGAAAUCAGAAACUUUUUUAUAGGAAGAAUUUUCGACAAUUUUAUAAAUAUUUAAAAAAAGUGUUUUUAAUUUAUAUGAGAUGUCGUGUUAAAUUUUGUAAGCUCAAUUUUGAACGGGGAUUUUUUUUUUGAAUUCUAGGAAGUUAAUCACGAAAUAAAAAGCCGAAAACAGUUCAUACGGUAUCAAAAGAAGAAAAAUUUUCCUCUUAUAGGUGCUAAUGUACCGAUCCGUAAUGGAUGUGCGCGGCGCCCAGAUCGAAGGACUUCGAGAGAAACUGAAUGGAGCUUGCGAGGCCCUACAACACGUUGACAACGCUCUGAAGCUACAAAAAGCCAGUAUCAAAGGACUGCAUGACGACUACGAAGAGCUCCACGCAAAGUACAACACAAUGGCGGAGCAGCUCCAACGGAAAGACUGGGAGAUCAAGAAUAUUCGCAAGGAGUUGGAUGUUUCAAAACGGGACAAGAAGAACAUUGGUCGGCAGCUUUCGCGAUCUCAAGUUAAAGUCAAAAAACUUUACGGCGAAUCUCCAGAAAUGUCUGACUCGUCGACGUCUUCUGAAACUCCGAAAAGGAAACCAUUGGUAAGGUUAACAACUGUUUUCUCUGUUAUGCUGCAUAUUUUCAGAAUAUCGAACAAAUCGUAAAGGUUAUGGUGGAUUCGUGCCAUGCAGCGGCUUUUAAUGAAGACUCUGAGUCCUGACUUCAAGUUUUUUUUAGGCUUUUUGGAUACUUUUUUUGUGAAUAUUGAUCGUGUUUCUUCGAUAAACAUCUUUUUUUUUCUUUACAUUUUUUGAAAUUAUUUUCUAAGAGACGAAAGUGAUUUCGACAAAUAUUUCAUUUUGUUCGUUUUUUGUACUGUUUUAUUUAUGUUAAAAAGAAAAACUAGAGUUUCGAGUUCGAGUCUAGUACGAAACUAGUUUGAAGAUUGAAAAUUCAGGCGCUCCCAAAGUGUAUCAAAUCUAUUCGUGUCUCCAUGAAGCAUUCUUCUUCUAAAAGUUUAUUGCUAAUUUGAGAUAAGGAAACUCAUAAAAAGAGGUAUAAAUGUCCUGUUGGUGAUAUCACUAUUGUAACGCAAUGCUCCGCUUCUUCUUGCUACCUUUUUUUGCAGCUUCCGUCCUUGCAUGCUACCCCAACGAAGAGGACGACGGUCAUAAGUAAGUUAAAUUUAAUAUUUUGUAAGUUGGCAUGAAAAUCGGGUUUCCUUCGGAAAAUGGAGCUCAUUUCAUCUUUUUAAUUGCAAAAUGCGAAAUUCAGUUGCUACUCUUUCAAGUCCAACCCGUCCAGCUUCUCUGAUGCGCAAUCGUCGUGCUCGUAUAGCGGAUACAACUUGGUUUCAAUUGUGAACGCUUUCGCAAACAACUACGUCUUCUGUAAGAAAUUGCUGCAAGCUGUUGUGCAUCUCACCAGGGAACGUUUUUUACCCGCCGGUUGAACUUUUGCUGAAACUUUGCUGAAGGACCCCCUGAUUGCAGAUCAAGAAAAAAAUUCCUCGCAAUAGAUCUUGUUUCCGAGUUAUGGAGCUUCAAAGUGUGCAAAAUACGCAAAUUAGGCCAAAAAAGAGCUAUUUCGGGCUUUUGAAGUGUCCUAACUCGAAAACGAGAUCUAUUGCGAGAAAUUUUCUUCCUGUUCUGGAAUCAGGGGGUCUUAAAGUACAUUUCGGCAAAGUUUCAGCAAAAGUUCAACCGGGGGGUAAAAAACGUUCCCUAGUCAGUGAUAAUUUUUUCGCAAAACCCCAAAUCUUUUCCAAAUGCGCUGAAAGUAUCUUAUAGAAAAACCCAGUAUUCGGAACUAUUUUUAAAAUUUGAAAGUAGCAAUAUUGGUUUAGUGCAAGCUGGAACGCACUUCUCAACGUCGAUUGGGCGAUAUUGGAUUGGCCUUAGCUCGGACAGUUCUGGACGUUUCCAGUGGCAAGACGGUACCACGAGCACUUACCGUAAUUGGGCUGCCGGUGCUUGAAGAACUGUUGCCUAAUUGAACAUAAAAAUUUUAGGAGAGCCACGGAUCACCCAAAACGCUUGUGUUCAGCAAGAUAUAGGAAACGGAAGGUGGUAUACCGAAGACUGCGGCAAGAGACAAAGGUAGAGCCAAAGCUUUAUUUUUUAUUUUUGAAUUUAUUUUUUCAGCUUCGUCUGCUGGGGCCCCGAUGGAGGUUCGUUCGUACAGUCUGAAAUUUCAGAGAAUGAUUAAAAAAAAUUUUCAUGAAAAAAAUUAUGGUUAGGCUUGUUAAGUUGUCGCUAAUUAGAAAGUUAGGCGCUAUUUUGUUCAACGCUAUUUAGGUUUAGAAAUACCCUCUCUAAUAUAUAACUUUCUCUUUAUUUUUUAUUUUGUGAAAAGUUCUAGGAAAGGACUUUCGAAGGUCUCUCACUUGCCACAGGGCAACUUUAUUUUUUGACGCUGAAAAGUUGAAAACAUCAUUUAUGACUUUUCAUGUGCCAGACAAAGAUCCUAAGAACUUCAACCGUAUAAAUCCUCUGUUCUGAAUACCAGAAAUACGAUUUAUUGCUACUUCGUUCAUUCUCACCAUUCUUUUCAGGAAUCAGAAAGUUGAAAUGAUUGCAAAUUUCAGCUUCACAUAGUAAAGACUAAAUUGCUUUUUUUUUAACUCAAGGUUUCGAGGGUUCAUUUACAAACUUGUAAAAUCUUGAAUGGAUACUUUGGCAUGGCCAUGCCGCAUAGAUAACUUGUUUCAUUGGGUCAAAAAAAUAUAUAUUUAUUCUAUCAAAAACUAUAUUACCGCUUUUCUAGUUAAUAAACUUGUUGUCAGGAUUAAUAAACUUGUUGUCAGGAUAAACGAAAAUCCGACUUUUUGCAGCGACUCCUAUUUCGACCUCUACCCCAUAUACAACUACUUCACCGUCAACGGGCACCCAAAAUACGCAAAGUAUUUUAGAUUAAUAUAGAAAAUGAAAUGAGAUGGUUUUAGCACCAUCAACAACUUCACCAACCUGGUCGACGUCAACAACUUCAUCAACCUGGUCGACGUCAACAACUUCACCACCCUGGUGGGGUUAUUCAACAACCUGGUGGUCUUCUACUGUCUCAGGGAUGUCCGGUUCCAAUAA